UUAAUUAGCAUUCGUAGUCCAUCCCUAUAUUGAAAAUGGUGUUUCUGGUAAUGUACCCCGCAGUUGCACUGCUGGCUAUGUUUAUUGUGGGUGUCAUUAUAAUUUUGUUGCGAUUCGGUCCGGUAAUUUGUGGUGUAAGACAUCAUGCGUUACCGGAUAUAAAGGAGUGGGAAGAUGAAAAGGCAUACGAUCAGAGGGUUAGUUAUGCAUAAGUGCUAGGAGCCAUAAAAAUGUUAAAUUUUAAGUUUACACAUAACGUUCAGUGUAACGAUAGUAAUCUCACUUUGGCCUUAAAUUUGCAAUUUAUUAACAUUCCACGCAGCGUACGAUUUUGUGCGUUGCAGGUAUCUAGUAGAGUAGAAUUAUGGUAACUUCUAAUA